AUGAAGAUCCCACUUGGAUUGUCUGUUACUGCCCCUCCUGAUGUCCCUAUGGGUUGCAAACUGAAAAAUUCCCCCUAUGGUCUUAAGCAAGCUUCCAGACAAUGGUUUGCUAAGCUCUCUUCUUCUUUGGAAUCCAGAGGCUACACACCUAGCAAAAAUGAUUCUUCAACUUUCACUAAGGUUUCUGAUGGUUCUAUUAUUGUUUUGGGUGUUUUUGUUGAUGACAUCCUACUAGCUGGGAACAAUGACUCUGAAAUGCUUGAUCUCAAGUCCUUUCUAGACUACCAAUUCAAGAUCAAGGACCUUGGUUCAGUUCAUUACUUCCUUGGUCUGGAGAUCACCAAGGUUUCACAAGGUUUCAUCAUCAAUCAACAUAAAUAUACAAUUGGCCUCCUAACUGAAUUCCACUGUUUGGAUGCAAAACCAACCCUUACCCCUCUUGAUCCACAUCACAAAUUAUCGUCUGAUUCUGGUGAUGCUCUUCCUGAUCCUUCUUUAUACAGAAGACUUGUUAGCAAGCUUAAUUUCCUACAACACACAAGACCAGAUAUAUCUUAUUCUGUCCAGCAUCUUAGUCAAUUUUUGGUCUCUCCUAAGGUGCCACACAUGCUUACUGGGCUUCAUGUUCUUAGAUACUUGUUGAAUGAUCCUGCUCAGGGCAUAUUGUUGAACAACUCUACUGAUUUCUCCUUACAAGCAUACUCAGAUUCUGAUUGGGCUGCCUGCCCCAUGUCUAGAAGGUCAGUGACUGGGUUCUUUGUUCUUCUUGGUGGUUGUCCUAUUUCUUGGAAGUCCAAAAAGCAGCCUACUGUGUCUUUGUCCUCAGCUGAGGCAGAGUACAGGGCUUUGCGAAAAGUUGUUGCAGAGUUGGUUUGGCUUGGGCGUCUGUUGGGUGAUAUGGGUCUUGUUGUGAAGUCGCCAGUGCCAGUUUAUUGUGACAGCCAAGCUGCCCUCCAUAUUGCCAGAAAUCCUGUUUUCCACGAACGUACUAAGCAUAUUGAGAUAGACUGUCACUACGUUAGGGACAUACUUUCCUCCGGUUAUAUUUCACUUCAUCAUGUGUGUUCCUCUGAUCAACUUGCAGAUGUGUUGACAAAGUCUCUCACGGGUGUUCCUCAUCACCGCCUGAUGUGCAAGCUGGGUGUGCACUCACCCUCCAGCUUGAUCGAAGAAUUGUAUGCUUAUGGGGACCUUCUUAGCUUCUUUCAGCAAAAGGUACUCGGUCUUGUGGACUGCCACAUCACUGGCCUCUGA